AUGCCUGCAGAAAGUUUGGCCAGGGGUUUAGUUGUCAUUAAAUUGUUGACUCUCGCUGACAAUGGUCUAUAUUGUCCUUGCUUUCAGUGUGGAAUAAUUUAUUGGCUAUUUGGUGGUGCUGUCAGGAACCUUGGAAGCCCAGAACAUGUCACUAAGUGGCUUCAGCCACUCCAGGAGCAGAAAUACACUGGGAUGUUUGCAAUGACCGAGAGGGGCCAUGGGAGCAACGUGAGAGGGAUCCAGACCGAAGCCACCUUUGACCUCUCUGCACAGGAGUUUGUGAUCAACACGCCAUGUGAAAAUGCUGAGAAGAUGUACAUUGGAAAUGCGAUGUAUGGGAAUUAUGCCGCGGUCUUCGCUCAACUCAUCGUAAACGGAAGAUCGCAAGGGCCCCACUGUUUCAUUGUUCCCAUCCGCGAUGAAAACGGAAGCUUGUACCCAGGAGUGACAGCUAUUGAUAUGAUGUACAAGGAAGGUCUGCACGGUGUGGAUAAUGGGAUUUUAAUAUUUCACAAGGUUCGGAUACCAAGGGAGAACCUGCUGGAUAAGUUUGGUUCUGUGGCUCCAGAUGGGCAGUACCAUUCCCCUAUUAAGAACAAGAGUGCAAGAUUCAAUGUGAUGCUGGCAGCGCUGACCCCUUCGAGAUUAGCUGUGACUUUCCAAGCUAUGGGUGCCAUGAAGUUGGUACAGUUGUGCUGCUGUAAAUACCCACGCUCAGUACGAAGCCAGAGACCUCAUGCCCAUGGGCACUGCGUCCUGCGGUUCUUAAAGGGUGUUGAGUUCGAAGUCCCGAAUCAGGAACAGCUCAGCCGGUCGGUCCCCUUGGCUGAAUCGUCUGACAAAUGA